GGCGGCGGCUGGGACGGCGCCACCUGAUUGGUCCAAAGGAAAGCGAAGGCGCGCGCCCGGUGCGGAAGGCUUCGAAGUUGGAGGCGGGCCGUUGGUCGCAAAGGCUGCCUCCCAUUGGCCGCUUCCGGGCGUGAUUGAUGCGGCGGCGGCCAACGGUUGCGCGGCAUCGUUUCCGCGCGCUGUUUGGGACGGUUACGGGGCGAUGAGCCGCGGCGGAGGCUGAGUGGGGAGAGAUCCGCCGAUUGGCAAGCAGUCGGCCUCGGUAGGGAAGAUGGCCGGCGGAGGAGGAGGAGCGGGAGGCGGCUGCUUGUACCCGCGAACGACGAAUCCGAGCCUCGAGUCGCCGCCUCUCCUCAAUCUGAGGCGAAGGUCGAAACAGCAAGGGCCGGAGGAGGCGGUGAUUCUUGAGCGAGUGUUGGGAAUAACUGCUCAGACCAGCAAUGGCUUAACUUGUGACCCAAACUCAGGACAGGUAGCAUAUCCAACAGGAUGUGUGGUUGUGAUUUUCAAUCCUCAGAAGAACAAGCAAAGGCACAUCUUUAAUACAGCCAGGAAAACCGUGAGCGCUUUGUCUUUCUCUCCCGAUGGGAAAUACAUGGCCACUGGGGAGAACGGGCACCAGCCAGCCGUCCGCGUCUGGGAUGUAGAGGAGAAGACCCAAGUCUCUGAACUCCAUGGCCACAAGCACGGCGUGGCCUGCGUGGCCUUCUCCCCCAGUAUGAAAUACCUCGUGUCCGUCGGGUAUCCCCAUGACAUGAAAGUGAACGUAUGGGAUUGGAAGAGCGAUACCCUCAUCGCAUCCAACAAAGUCUCCUGCAAAGUUAUGGCCCUCUCCUUCUCAGAGGACAGCUACUUUGUGACCGUCGGGCACCGCCACGUCAAGUUCUGGUUCUUGGAUGGCUCAAGAGAAGUCAAGAUCAAGGAGACGGUUCCCCUGGUGGGUCGCUCCGGGCUCCUCGGGGAGCUCCACAACAACACCUUCUGCGACGUGGCCUGUGGCCAGGGCAAGAUGGCCGGCAGCACCUUCUGCAUUUCGCACUCGGGGCUUCUUUGCCUCUUCAACGAGAAGCGCAUCCUGGAGAAAUGGAUCGACCUGAAGGUGACGCUGGCCAACUGCAUCUGCGUCAGCGAAGGGUUCAUUUUCUGCGGCUGCGCCAACGGAACCGUGCGCCUGUUCCAAGCACACAACUUGCACUACCUCUCAGAUUUGCCCAAGCCGCACCACCUGGGCACCGAUGUGGCUGCAGAGCCCCUCCCGAGAAGGCCAGAUGCCUCCUUUCCAGAUGCCAUCGCUGUCGUCUUCGACCCUCGCCGUCACUGGCUCUCCUGCGUGUACAAGGAUCACAGCGUCUACAUUUGGGACGUGAAGGACAUUGGCCACGCCAGGAAAGUGUGGUCUGAUCUCUUCCACAGCUCCUUUGUCUGGAACGUGGAGGUGUAUCCUGAGUUCGAAGCCCACCAAGGCUGUUUGCCCCCAGGGUCCUUCCUAACGUGUUCCUCAGACAGCACUAUACGGUUCUGGAACUUGGAAAACAACACGCAUGGACCUUUCAAGAAGAACGCCUACAGCGACAACCUGCUGAAGGUUGUGUACGUGGAAAAGGGCAUCCAGUAUUUGCAAGACUCAACGAAUUUGCUGGAGCGAAACGACAACGUCGGCUACCUUGACGUAAAAUCCGGCGUCCGGGUGAUGCAGAUCAGCCCGGAUGGUCAGCACCUGGCCUCUGGGGACAGAGCUGGGAAUCUGAGGAUACAUGAGCUAAAAUUCAUGGCGGAAGUGAUGAAAUUUGAGGCUCACGAUUCGGAAGUCCUCUGCUUAGAAUACUCCAAGCCAGAAACAGGCCUGGCGCUCUUGGCCUCAGCGAGUCGAGACCGGCUGAUUCACGUACUGAACGUGGGAAGUGGCUAUAAACUGGAGCAGACUUUGGACGACCACUCCUCGGCUAUAACAGCGGUGAAAUUCACUGGAAAUAGCUGCAUUCAGAUGAUUAGCUGUGGAGCCGACAAAAGCAUCUAUUUUCGCAGCGCGCAAAAGGUCGGAGGCGGAAUUAAUUUUAUCCGGUCUCACCACGUUGCUGAGAAGACCACCCUGUACGACAUGGACGUGGAUAUAACUCAGAAGUACGUGGCUGUGGCCUGCCAGGACCGGAAUGUCAGGAUAUACAACACGUUCAGCGGGAAGCAGAAAGGCUGCUACAAAGGAGCCCACAGUGACGAUGGAUCCCUGAUCAAGGUCCAGUUUGAUCCUUCCGGGACAUUCCUGGCUACUAGUUGCUCAGAUAAAAGCAUUUCCAUCAUCGAGUUCCGCUCUGGGGAAUGUGUGGCCAAAAUGUUUGGGCACUCAGAAGUCGUCACGGGGAUGAAAUUCACCUUCGACUGCAAACAUCUGAUCACCGUCUCGGGAGACAGUUGCAUCUUCGUGUGGCGCCUGAGCCACGCAAUUACCGCUUGCAUGAAGCAGCACUUGAGGGAACUGGAGCAGAUCCAGGAGCAGCAGGAGGUCGGGGACUCUGCGUGGCCUCCCCGGGUCAGGGUGGAAAUGUUUGAGAGGGUCUCCCGCCGGGACUUGGUUGAUUCUGACCUGGAGGAGGAGGAGGAGGAGGAGGAGGAGGAGGAGGAGGAAGAGGAGGGAGAAGAGGAAGAAAUAGCUCUGCAGACGCCAGUUAAAGAUGACCUUGAUCCAGCUCCUGUCUGUCUCCUCUCCAAUGGCAAGCUGCCCAUGUGGGCAAAGAGACUGCUGGGCGAAGCAGACCAUUCGGAGAGCGGCGCCUUUCACUCCAGGGUGAGCUACCAGCCCCAGGGCCGUUGGGCUGAGCGGGCAGACAAGGAACCCAUCAAAACCAUCCUGGAAGCCGACUUGAGCUACUUCACCCCGAUUCAGAACCGCAGCACGGCCGAGGCGGACCUGGCGCAGUGGAGUCUGGACCGGCUGGUCAUGGAGGCUGAGAUUUCUCCCGGCAACAUAACCGAAGACUUCAAGCAACCGGAUCUGUCGUCUUCUGACAAGGACACCCCGCAGGAGCUGGAGAGCAGCGGGACCAACCUCGACGUCUCCCAAGCAGACAGUAGCUCUUCCUUUGGGGAGAGAAGGUCAGUCCAUCAGCCUCUGUUCGAGGAGGAAGCCUCAAGCCCCAGAGACAAGGCGCCUGAGAUCAACCUCUCUGGGGUUCCUUUGGAUGCUGAGCUACCUGUCUCCGGGCACCAGCACAAAGAGGCCGAGGGGGGGCCCAACCUGGAGGAGAACUUCUCCCAGAACGGGUCGCUGCCCCAGACGCCGGAGCAGGAAAGAUACCUCAAGAAUCACUUUGAAACCCUGGCCGGUAGCCCCCUUGAAGAAAGAUUUGACGGUUGUAUCAGAGAUCGACAGUCGCUCGAAGACAGUGAGGACGGGGAGAGCCCACUCCCGAAUCCUCGCCUGAGCAUCUCCGCCAGGUUUCUCUCGCGCGCGCAGAAGAACUGCAGAUUUGCGGCUGCCUUUCUCCCAAGAGUCUGUCCACUGGCUCAGGCAGCCACUGCCGAACGCCUCUCGGAGGAGUCCUUACCACUCAGCGACUUCGCCAAAUCCAAGAAACCUCCCCCAGAAAUCCAGCCGGAGCUGAAAGGAAGCCUCAAUGCCAAAACCGCUGGUGUUUCAGAAAUUCAGGGUCUCAUCAGAAGUUUUGAGGGGUGCCUGCAGACCCUACACCUCAAAUUUCAAGAGACUUUGCAACUGUACGAUAAGGUGUUCUCUUGCACCGGCGGGACCGAGGAGGAGUUCGCCCACGUCCAGCACAGGCUUUCUAGCACCUUCUGCUGGAUGAAGAGCGAGCUGGCGACCAGAGACUGCAAGGACAAGGCCGACAUCGCUGUCGCCACCGACCCCUCGUCCUUCUGGCCGAUCUGCCUCCAGGAAGGCGAGGCCCACGCGCUGCUGAAGCAUUACUCUGACUCUCUCCUGAACGUGGUUCAGAAGAAGCUGGAGGAGGCCCGGAAAACCAGCCUGCCUUGAAAGGGCUCCGUUCCUUCCCUUCCGCACCUUUGUGGCACACCGAUGUCCGUUUCGGGGUGACUCCUGAGGAGCUGAGCCUCCAACAUGAGCACCGAUUCACCUGUUGCCUUUCAGCACUUUGUUUGCAUCCAUAGGAAGAAUUCAAAGGUUUGCCCAGUAACCCUGGCAAUUUGAACGCCUCCUUUUAUGACAAAAAUAAUGUUUUUAGAAGACCGAGGAAAGACAAAUAAAAUUCAAAAGGGUCGUCUUGAAAUUCUCCUAUGGUGCUGUUUGAAACUCGGGCUGCAGCACGGCUUUGUAAUGUUUUUAGAAAGGUUUUAAAUAUAAUAAAGUAUUUUUUGGAUUCGAAA